AUGGAGGGCGUCCAGACGGUAGAUGUGAGCUGGCUCCAUCACUCGCAGAAAGAUCAUCUUUCCCGUACCAAAUCCGUGUCGUCUGCCCUCAGCGAUAAGUCGGCCGCCGAGAAGGAGUCGGCGACGACAUCGAAACCACACCGAAGAUCGCGAUCGAAUAGUAGCCCCGCCCGCCCGCCAUCGUCAGGCUCCCCCGUACCAAAACGUGAACCCGAGAAUACUCCGCCCAAUGCCGAAGAGAAAGAGAAGCCACAGGCGACGGAGAAGAAUGCGGAACAGAAACCCCCGUCUACCCCAUCUCCCGCAUCACAGAAGAGUGCCCCCAAACCGGUCGGCGGGCGGAGGAACUCAUGGAUCUCUAGCUUGAGCUCGAAAUUCUCUUCCGGAUCGACACCACCGUCGCAGUCAAGUCUGAAGGGCUCUCCAGUGAGCCCCAAGACCACCUCCCCUCUGGAUACCCACAACCCCUUCGGGGCGGCCUAUUCGCCCAAGGACAAGGAAGACGAGUCGAAGGAUGAGCCUGGCCCGUUUACUUCAUCGUCACCGAAGGGCCCUUCAUUCCUCCACAAUGCAUUGCGUAAGUUCUCAUCUAGUUCGGGAGGACUACCCAAGCUGCCGCCAAACGGAGUCAGUUGCCCUCGCCGCGUAAUGAACUUGGAUCCGAAUCGAGAACGCUGCAAGAUUGCCGAAUUGAACCAGUCGAAGCUGCAUCGGGUAGCUUUUUGCGUGGACGUGGAGAUUGCGGGGGUUUCCCACCGAGAUACCGACGAAGAUGCUCCUCCCACAAAUCAACUACGCCAACCUUUACCAGAAUCACACCGCCAGAAGAGCAAAAAGGCGGAGAUGAAAGACAAAGGGAAAGAGGAAGCUGAUGCGCUUAAGGAUCCUCAAGCUGCAGUGGCUGAAAAAGAGACACCAGCUCCACCGUCAGCUCAGGAUACUGCUGGUGCUGUUCCGAGUCCAUCGGCGCCUGCCCAAGCAAGCAGUAGUCCUCCAGAUGCCCAGCCUCCUGCCACCGAAACCAACGAUUCCAGCUCGAAGCCCGCAACAGAUGCCAAGCCCAGCGAAGGGAAGGACCCAUCAAGAAAGGCAGAGAAGAAGAAGCGGUCCGAAGAAGAGCGAAAAGAGCGAAAAGAACGUAAGCGGAGACAGGCUGUCGCAAAUGGCUCAAUUCCCUUACAAUUAUCCGCAGAGAUGGACGAGGAUGAUGAACCUCGUCCACCGGCAACCGGUACCUCUCGCUCCAAGACUCAAAGUCAUCCCACGACGGAUCCCGUCCGCAUCUACCGACGUUGCUGUCAGCUACGCGAGACCCCCGUGCUCAAGCGAGUGGUUGAUGAGAUAUCUUCGCCAUCCUCUACUCUGGCAGAAUCCCCUGGUACUGUCGCGGCUCUGGACCUCAGCAACUUCCCAAUGACGACGCAAGAUAUUGCAACAUUUAGUGACUGGCUUGCCGUUGUCCCUGUCCGCAAGCUCAUCCUUGAGAACUGUGCGUUGACUGAUGAGUCCAUAAGGUCUAUCCUUGCAGGACUUCUUACCACGAAGACUGUUGAGCAAAUGCGCUACCGGAGGAGACGAUCCAGGAGAACUGACUCACCGGCUGCCAAUGACGAAAGUCACGGCGUGGUGGAGAAGCUUUCUCUAAAGGGCAAUUUCAAGAUUGGCCGGGAAGGAUGGCGACAUAUCGGCUUGUUCGUUCAUCUAUCCAAGUCCUUGAAAGCAAUCGAUUUAUCAGGCAUUCCUUUCCCGAAAUGCCGAGCUACGUCUGAUGGGUCAACUGGUCAGGGCCAGCCUCAGUUAACUAACCCUGAUGUUUGCAAUGUUUUCGCCAAGGCUCUCGCAGAACGCUUCAAUGGUGACCACCUGGAGGAGCUGCUGAUGACCGAGUGCAAGCCUUCUGUUGAACAGGUGAAGAGUAUCUGCGAUGCAGCAACCAAGAUGGGGCUUCGCCGGCUAGGCUUCGCAAACAAUGACCUAAACAGGGAGAGCCUGGGUCAUGUCAUUGAGUACCUCAAGAUUGGCCAAUGCGAAGGCCUGGAUUUGGGAGGGAACCUCAUCAAAGAUGACCUCGAUCUCCUUACAGAAGCAAUUGAGCCAGAGAUGCCGCUUUAUGCGCUUAGUUUGGCCGACUGUUCUUUGAACCCAUCCGUGAUUUCCCCACUACUCCAGGCUCUUACCCGGCUCCACAAUCUGCGCUUCAUCGACUUCUCCCAUAACAGAGACCUUUUCUCGAUGCAGCCCAACUCUCUCGGUCUAUUCCGACGCUUCCUCCCCAAGAUGCCAUCUCUCAAGCGAAUUCAUCUCGCCGAUGUUGCUCUCACCCCGGACAAUGUUAUUGGUCUUGCUGAGGUUCUUCCCGAAUGUCCAAGCCUCUGUCAUUUGAGCAUUCUUGAAAACCCUCGAAUUGCUUCAUUGGCUUCUGCUAUGGAUCCAGAGGUUCAGGAAGAAGCUUGUGCGGUAUAUGCCUCUAUGCUUGCUGCUGUCCGCGUGUCGCGGACGAUCAUCGCAGUCGAUAUCGAAAUUCCGUCUGCAGAGAAUAAUGAAGUUGUUAAGGCUCUGGCAUCCCAGAUUGUGGCUUACUCACUCCGCAAUCUUGAAGGCGGUGCUAUCGCGGAAGAGCUUUCGGAAACAAUUACCUCGCCUCUGACUAAAGAUGUUCCUGUGCCAGAGAUCUUGCAACAUAUUGUGGGACACGCUGGUGCGAAUGGGACGGAGGAAAUCGCCGGCGAUGAUGAGGAUGAACCGGCUCCAGAUGAGGACUAUGUCAUGGGUGGUACGGGUGUUGUAAAGGCCUUGGGUGUCUGUCUCGGCAACCUGGACCAGCAUGGCAGUGACGCUCUGGGUGAUCACUCCCUGCCUGCAAGUGGCACUACAACCCCCCGACGUCCCAAGUCCCGAGGUGUUGUCACCAAGAGACCACGAGACAUGUCGAAAAAUCUGUUAGAGUCCGCACGCAACAUUCGCACCCGAAUUCAGUCGGCCCUCGUGCGCGAGGACCGUGCUGGCAAUGACGCGAACUACAGACGCCUCCAAUUUCUGGACUUUACUUUACAUAAGAUGAUUCAGCGCUUUGAAGACGAGUAUCCGGAAACUCGCCUCCCUCAGGUUGCUCCUACGUCCGCCGCACCCGAGACCAGCUCCCAGCACUCGGGCGAAGGUGUCAGUGCUCCAGGUGCUCCAGGCAGCAACCUGAACAGCAGUAUGAUCGAUAACGAAACUGCUGUCGAUGAUGAAGAAACAGACCAAUACGCCAUUCAUCUAUCUCGAACAAGUUCGAUGACUUCUUUACACGCUCGUGCCAUGACUUCAGAAGAGGGUCAUGUCCACCGUCUGGGCCAGAACCUCAGACGCGACUUCCUCAACCCUGAUAUUGGUGACAGGGAAGGCGACGAAGACGACGAUUCCCGUCUUGUCGCUCUUCGAGAGAAGCUCGAACGUCUACACGAGCAGCAAUCCCAGUCACCAUUUGACAGCGCCCAUGCUGAAGAAGCCUUCGAAAAGCUCGGUAAUACCGUCGAUGAACUCUGGGCAGCCCAGCGACAAGAUGCUGAAGGCUUUGAGAAAUUCAAGCAGUCGCAGAUCGCCGCUCAAAUCAACAGUGGUCUUCGUUUGGCUUCGUCUGUUCCUUCGCAAAACAAGUCGACGGCAACGAAGGACGACGCUGAAAGCAAGUCGCCGCCAUCCUAA